AUGCCGGCACAGAAGCGUUCUUUCGAAGAGGCUCUCGAAGAGAAUGAAGACUCUGAGAAUGAGAUAAACGACGACGAGCAACCUAAAGAUGAAGACGAAUCGGAUCAAAGCCAUUCUUCAUCUGACGACGAAGAAGAUGAAUCUGAAGAUGAAGAGGAAGUGGAAGAAUAUGUGGCUAUAAAAUUGUCAGAUGUACGCAAGGAAGUUCAGUGUCCUAUCUGCCUUGGCAUCAUUCGAAAAACAAGAACCGUAAUGGAAUGCCUUCAUCGCUUUUGUAGAGAGUGCAUAGACAAAUCCAUGCGCCUUGGUAAUAAUGAAUGUCCUGCUUGCCGUACACAUUGUGCUAGCCGACGCUCACUGAGAGAUGACCCGAGCUACGAUGCCUUGAUUGCUGUUAUGUAUCCAGAUAUUGACAAGUACGAGGAACAGGAAUUGGCUUUGCAUGAGGAUGAGAUGGCUCGCCAUAAGCAGUUUCAAGCAUCCAUUGCCCAAACACUACAACGGCAAUCAGAAGCUUUGAGCAAAAAAAGAAAUGCCAAAGCAACAUCAGUGGCUUUUGUGAGGAGAUCCCAAGGCAACUCUCGAACUUCGAAUCUGAAACGUCGAAAAAAGUUUAGAAAUGCUGAUGACUUUCAGGUAUCUAAUGACAACAAGCGUAUGGAUGAUAAUGAUGGAAGAAAGGGAUCAUCUUCUGAUGAUGGGCAGACAGAAACCCAGCCACGAAGAUGCAAAAGGGGCGGUGAACAAGAAGCACAAUUUCCUCAGCAUUCUCCCUCUACUGAUCCAGAUGGAGUUGGGGAUGAAAAUACUCCAGAAGUAAAUAGGGAAAUCCUAAGUGCAUCUGGCACACUUUCCUGGGGGAAAAAUGGUCACCGGAGUCACAGCCGAGUCAAUGGAAAGAAUGCCAAAUACAACCGCAUCUCCAAAUUGGUUGAACAUAUUCGUACCUCAGCAGAAAAUGGUUAUGAGCUUCCUACCUUUCUCAUGCUUGUCUCGUUGGAUGAGCAAAAAAUACCAAGUUUGGAGGACCCAUGCCUUACUUGCAAGCCUACCUUGUCAGUCAAGAUACUGCGCAAGCAUGUUGCAAAUCAAACUGCCAUGCAUGAGGAUGAAGUUGAAUUGUGGUUGAUACUCAAGCCACGAUCUAGCUUUGAAGAAGGUGGAGGAACCAUUGAUCCAAACACAGAUGAUUUACGCAUUCUAGAAGACCAAGAAACAUUGGCUGAAUUGCUGGGAACUUAUGAAAAUACCAGCCACGGUUAUCUGGUCAUGGCUUACAAGAGGAAGUUGAAGAAUUCAGACAUAGUUGAGUUAAGCUGA